UACCACAUCACGAGAGCUGCGGCACCAGUCAGGCCACGGGAGCCCACUUGCACGCAAGCGAGAGUCUUUUGCCCGCCGAGGUCCUGGCGCAUAUUGCAUGCUACACGGCUCGCUAUAACUCACAAGUCCCUAACCGACGUGAACUAUCGUGUGCUCGUCUGCAAAUGGAGCCCGAGAUGCCUGCAAUCCUCCCGAAUUUGCCGAACUCUGUGCUCACUUCAAUCUUCAACAAAAUUAUAAGGAUAUCCAAUCCCGGCCAGCUCGUCAAGCUUUCGCUGGCAUGUCGCAGCCUGCGUGAAGCGGUCGUUCGCGCCGAGGGGCUGUGGGAGCGGCUCUGUGUCAAGCAAGGAUGGAGCCAACGCCAGCGCCUGCCUCGGCCGCUGCCGCCGCUCGAGUUACCACCGCCCCUGCCGCCACGCCAGCGGCGCAGAGCCUGCCCCUGUCCCUGUCGGACCUGGACCUGCACUGGUACCUGUACUAUGCCCGACGCAUGAUGCUGCGGCGCGACGUGCGGCGCCUGUUCAAGCUGUACGAGCGCUUCAUGUCGCGGCCUGGCAGCAUGGCGCUGUGCCCGGGGGCGUCGCCGGAGGAUUUGGCCGCGGCGGAGCAGGCGCUGGGGCUGGCGGGCGGUGCCGGCAGCGCCGGAGGCGGCAGUGGCGGCAGUGGCGGCGGUGGCGGCGGUGGCGGCGGUGGCGGCGGUGGCGGCGGUGGCGGCGGUGGCGGCGGUGGCGGCGGUGGCGGCGGUGGCGGAGGCGGGCUGCCUGCCGAGGUGUGGGAGCUGUACCGGCACCGCAGCGGCCAGGCGCCGGGGGCGUUCGUGACGUUCGUGGACGACAUGCGGCUACUGGGCCUCCACGAGCUGGCCGUGGAGGCGGCGCCGGGGCUGCCGGAGCUGCAGCAGCGGCUGGCGGCACUGGGCAGGCAGCACAGCCCGCAGCCGCAGCGCCCGGCACUGCCCGCAGCCGCAGCCGCAGCCUCCACCGCCGGCCCGGCGGCAGCCGGAGGGGAAGCAGCUGCCUCCACCGCCGCUGCAGCAGCAGCAGCAGUAUCAGAAUCGGCCUCAGCAGUAGCGCCAGCUGCACCCGCACGCACGCGGCCCGGCGGCGACUCGCAAGGGGCGCAGCAGCCAGAGCCGCAUGCGGCGCCAGCAGCCGGGGGCGGCACGGCCGGUGGCCCAGGCGGCCCGGUGCAGCCCACAGGCCUCGUGCCCGGGAGUGACACCUACGGCAGUGGCAGCGGCAGCGGCAGUGGCACCGCCGGCGGUGUGGUUUCGCCGGCAGGCGGCGGCGGGGCGCUGCUGGCAGGGGGCCGCCCGCAGCUUGACCCGCUGUCAGAUGAGCGGGUGGUGGCCAUCGCCGCCAACGCCAGCGGCUCGCGGCGCUUCCUGGUGGCGGUGGGCACAGGCCACGUCUACAUCGCCCGAGGCCUGUCGCUCGUCUUCUACGCGCCCGGCGUGGCGGCGCUGCUGCAGAAGCUGCUGACCUAGGGCCGGCGGGUGCGCACCAGUGGCGGGGUGUGAGGCGGGCGGCGCCGGCAGGUGUGUCGACACGGCGGCGGGGCGACACAGCGUGCCGCCGCGAGCCCCACGGGAGAGCACACGCACUGUGCAGCAUAGCAGCGGAGGAGCGUAGCCUAUGCCAGGCUACCUAGCGGCCUGUUCAGGUCUGGAUUGCGUGCGGGUGGGGCGCAGCGCCUGGGCGAAGGGAGGCUGAGGCCCCCGGUUAUCCCCGAGACCCGAGAACAUGUAAACACCGCGGACGACAAUCAAGAGGCAGGCUGAUGUGAUGGUAACGUAACGGAUUUGUUAGGUCAGGGGCAGAGAAGUUGUUACCAGGUUAAGAGUGUGUUGCCGGGGGCAUGUCGGCGAGCAAGGGUGGAGUUGUCGGGACCCUUGAGGGGGAAAGUGCGGGAUUUGCUCAUGCGGCGUGCCAAGCCCAGGUCGUGUAACCGCCGCUUGCC